ACCGCCUCCGUCGGGUCCAGCGGAUGCUGCCGCUCCCGCUGCCCUUGUUCAAAGUGGCGUUAUGUCGAGUUAUCCCUUAACAAAAUCACGCCCCUUAAAAUUAAAACAAACCCCCUCAUCGUAACCGACGAUGAAGCCGAACAAUUCCAACCGUUUCAAAAAAAUCGCGUUAAUCACGUAACGAUAAAGCCAAAUCGAAAUUAAUUAAAUUAAAAAUGUUAAUAAAUUAUUAAGGAAAUCUAUGAGAAUAUGUCGUUGGAUUCACUUCAUUCCCACGAUUUUUAUGGGGGUGGAGUAAGCCAUCAACUAUCCGCAACGCGUCUCCUUUCGUCCCCCGAAGGCUCGAGGCACCCGCUGGACGGCUACGAGAGGAGUUGGACGUGGGGCCACGAUUCGUGCUCAAGUUUACACCGGGAUAAUUACGUCGAAGUGCGACCACCAAGAUCCCCCUUUUUCACGUGGGGUUGUUUUAGCGGUUGCAGAUCGAAAAUACAUCAAGCCCUAGCCAAAAGAAAGGUAGAGCAAGGAGUGAAACUUUAUAAUCAACACAAACAGCAACAAGCCGUUCGAAAAUGGAAAUCGGCUUUGAAAUCGUUAAAAAAACGCGAGGAUAAAUUCGAAUUACUGGGUUAUCUGUAUCAGGCCUAUAUGGAUUGGGGGAAAUACCGGGACGCUUUGGAAUUCGCCCAUCGGCAACUUUACAUAUCCGAGGAAUUAGACAACGCGACGAUGCGUUCCGAAUCGCAUUUGAACCUGGCCAGGUGCCAUCAGCGUUUGGGAGCCCUCGAAAGAGCCCUAGCUUACGCACGACACUCUCUUUACAACGAUUGCGAACAAUGCACAACCGCCGGGCACGUUCAUUUAACCGUCGGAUCGGUUUAUUUGGAAUUGGCGGGAUUUAAUAAAGCUUUGGAUAGUUUUCAACACGCUCAUAGGAUUGCUCAAGCCGCUCACGAUUCAUCACUCGAAUUGCAGGUAAGAAUCAACAUUAAUCUUCGAGCGGGAAAGCUGUCAUAA